UUCUGGCGCGAUGUUGAAUCAGUUAGCGUUGCUCCGCCAGUGUCUCUUGUUUACAGUGCAUUGUUGUUCAAUGUUAUAGAAUAGUUAGUAGUUUGUUUAUAUACAGUUGUGUUAUUGCAUAAGAUGAGAGGCAAGCGGCGUCGUGCGGCUUCUUCUUCAUCGGAGGAUGAGUCACCGAAAAGAUCGCAGACGGCGACGCAAUGUAAUUCGAAUUUGCGUGCUGGACGUAUUCUUCAGAUGACACUCAAAAAUUUCAUGUGCCAUUCAUUUCUUGAGGUGGAAUUUGCUGGAAAUGUUAAUUUUUUGACUGGAAACAAUGGCAGUGGUAAAAGUGCUAUUCUAGCUGCUUUAUCACUUGGUUUGGGGUGUAAAGCAAAAACCACAAACCGUGGAGAUAUAUCAAGUGUUAAAGCAUUUAUUAAAUUUGGUUGCAACUCUGCAAGCAUUGAGAUUGUCUUGAACAAUGAAGGACCCCAUGCUUAUAAACAAGAGGAAUAUGGGAACAAAAUCACUGUUUGCAGGACUAUGUCAUUGGCGGGUGGAAGUUCAUAUCGAAUAAAAAAUGAACAAGGAAAAGUAGUUACGAAAAAAACCAAAGAUUUAAAUGAUCUUACAUCAGCAUUAAACAUUCAAGUUGACAAUCCUGUCUGCAUAUUAUCACAAGACACAGCUAGAAACUUCCUUAACGCAACUGACAACAAAAAACGAUUUGAUCUCUUUUAUCGUGCGACCCGCUUAGACCACCUUAAUCAAAUGUUAGUAGAAGCCAUCAAAAACAAGAACAUGGCCAUCAAAGAGUUUACUAUAAAAAAAGACCAAGAGUCAGCGCUGAUUAAAAAAACUGUAAAGUUAAAAAGGAAAAUCGAGGAUGCUAGAGAAGCUGAGGAAUUAAAGCAUAAGUUAGAGGAGUUAAAUAAUGAAAAAGCGUGGGCUACGACAAUUACAAAUGAGACAAAGUACAAAAAACAAAAGAAAGUUGUUGAUAACAUGAUGACCGACCUGAAGAACAUUGAGGAUACGUAUGAAAAGCAGCAACAAAGUGUUCAGGCAGUUGAACAGGAGAAAAGAGAAUUGGAAGAUAAAUUACGGGAAUUGAAUCUAUCACAGGACGAAAAUGAGAAACCAGUACAAGAACUUACAUUAAAAAUUCGAGCGAUUGAGAAAGAAAUCAACGAAAAAACGAGUCUGAUUGCAUCCAUUGAAAGACAACUAACAUUUAGAAAACAAGAUUUAGCAGGUCUCCAUGAAAUGAUUAACAACUACAAUCAAAGAUGUUCACAACUAGAAAAAGAUAAACAAGCGAAAGAAGAAAGUUUAUUGCAAUUAGACGUACAAAAGAAAGAGAAAACUAAUUUGUUGACAACUUAUGAAGAUGAAUACAAUAAAUUGUCAAUGCAUUGUAAAGAAAAAGAAGGCAAAAUGGAUUCGAUUAAGCAACAAUUACACGCUACAACUAAUAAAAUAAAUGUGAUUUGUGAUAGAUUGAACACACUCCAGAAAGAAACCAAUAAUCCGUAUGCGAUUUAUGGCCCGCAUAUUGUUCGAUUAAUCCACGCGAUUGAAUCAGACGCGCAAAAUUUUACAAGACCACCGAUUGGGCCUAUUGGUACUGAGGUUUCUAUUAAAGAUAAGCGCUGGACGCUGGCGGUGGAGUCGUACCUGAAAGCUGGUUUGCUCUGUUCGUUUCUUGUCAAUUCCCAGCAAGAUCAGAAUAGAUUAAAUCAGAUUAUUAAGAGGGUUUGGCCCAAAGAAGGCGGAGGGAGGCCACCGUCGAUUAUUGCUUCCAAAUUUGUUGAUAAGCCCCAUGAUGUAUCCAAAUAUUUAGUUGCCAAUCACCCGAAUUGUGUUCGUCUGUACGAUGUGCUUUCCGUGCAAAAUCCCGUCGUGAUGAAUUGUCUCAUUGACCAAGCAAACAUCGAGACAGUCCUCCUCAUACCGGACAAAAAGUUCGGUUUCAGUAUUCUGAAAAAUCGCGACACUGUCCCGCACAACUGCAGAAUCGCAAUUACACCCACCGGUGACACAAUCCACCCCGACCCCAACUACAGAUUCUAUUCUGGUAGGCAAACAAAUACGAAGUUUAUUCAAGUUGAUUCUCAGGAAGCUGUAAGACAGUGCGAAGUGGCACUGGCGAAAGAAAAUCACACGAAAAAUGAACUCAAGAUGAGUUUUCAAAGCGCACGAGAUGAAGUAACUUCGGCUGCUGAGGGUCUUCCAAGACUUAAACAACACAUUGCGAAUUGCCGACAGGAUUUAGACGUGAUCGCGAGGAAAAUUAAUAAGGUACAAACGCUACCAAUUGAAGCACCUGGUAAUGUUGAUGAUUUAAAGAAAGAAUCUAGUGAAUUAGAACGGAUAAUCAAAGAAAAAUCAUCAACUGUUCAUGAAUCACGUCUACAAAUUGAAGAAUUACAAGAGAAAGUUCGAGGGUUAAAGAUGGAGGCGCAGCAGUUUGAUUCUGCGCGUAGAGAAACGCGUAAAACCAAAGAGGAUUUACAAGACUUAAUAAACACACAGCGAUAUAAAUCUCAGGGAGUUACCAAUGAGUUUAAUAAAAUAAAACGUCGCUUUGAUGAGCUAAAAGGUACGAUUGAUAAUGAAAAGGAGGUGAUGUGCAAGUUGCAUAAGUAUUGGGAGCAGUUGUGUGUUGAAACGGAAACGCAAAAUGGCGUCCGGCCGGAAGUUAUCCGCAGAUCUGAAGAAAUCGAUGAGAUGAUUGAUAAACUGCAGAGGCAGGUACAUGAUUUGUCACGUUUUAAUCUUGAGACAUUGGAAAUUGAGUUAACGAGGUUGGAUGAACGUAUUGACGUGCAUCGCGAGACGAUGAAAGAUAUGGAGCUGACAUUGAUGGAACUGCAGGACGCGAAAGCCGGCAGGAAGAGGAAAUUACUAGAGACGAAAAAGUAUAUGAAGGAUUACGCCAUUUUUAAUUUUAAGAAUUUUCUACAGUGUCGAAAUUAUCAAGGCAAUAUGGCGAUUAACUAUGACGAUGAAACAUUAGAUAUUAUUGUUAUACCCCACGCAGGCGCAAGAGGCAUAACACCAACAACGAAUUUAUCCGGUGGCGAGCGUUCCUUCUCGACAGUUGCGUUUCUGUACGCGUUGUGGAAGACGCUCGACUUUCCGUUUUAUAUUUUGGAUGAAUUUGAUGUGUAUAUGGAUCCACAGAAUCGUAACUUGGUGAUUCAGAUUCUGAUCGAUCAUGCCAAGAAGAAUAAAGAAGUGCAGUAUGUGUUCUUGACACCACAGGAUAUUUCAUUUAUUAAGGAUUCAGAAGUUGCCAUUCAUAGACUUGAAGAUCCUGAAAGAAUUCAAAACUAAUAAAGACAAACAUCACAUUUGUAUUAUAGGUAUAAGUACUUGUUCCCAGUUUCCAGAGAUAUUAUAGAGUGUAAGUUGUUAUUUAUACUACGCAAUUUAAACUAAAAUAUAAUAUACUUUGUUAUUUUUGUGAGUGAA